GGUUACUGAUAUGGGAGGACUUGGCAUUUAUGUUAAUUUACCUUGUGCAAACAUGUACCUAAUACAAGCAUGCUUGUGUCUUCCAUUUCAUUUAUCUUUCAUUUCUUGUCUGGAAGUUUUGAACUUCAGCUCUACUUUUGGACAAAACGGCAAAGAGGCAAAGUUGGGUUUAGAAUCACUAUGUUUUCUUGUUUCUAGUUGUCUUCUUCUUCUCUCUUUUCAAAAAUAAAGACAGCAAAUUUGGAUGAACACAUGGGUCAGUUUUAUAUGAAGAUUUUGCUUUAGUCAUGGGUUUGAUCAAGUAGUCAUUCUGGUUGAAAGGGUUUUUGAGGUUGUUGGGGUUUUGAUUCAUGAAUUUUUCAUAUGGGUGAUUCUGCUUAAUGGGUUUAAAGGGAUUUUGAGGUUUUGUGUUUUGGUUCUUGGGUUUGUGAAAUUGGAAUUGGUGGCUUGAUCCCAGAUGGCUGGGAUUCUAAGAAAAAUUCUUCCUGCAGGGGUUGGGGCAUCCAUUCCAAAAGAUGAUAAUUCAGAGGAUGAUAAUAAAAAUGAGUACUCAUUUGCUGUAGAGUAUCAUGGUCCUGCGCUGACUUACCAUAUUCCUCAAGCACUUCCAGUAGACGUUGACCAGCUUCCCAUGGCUACCACUGUUUCUUCUUCCUUCAUUUUGAAUGAUAUUUCAUUGCCGGUCAUCCAACCAAUCGUGAAGACUGGUCCAGCAAACAAACGGUUGACCAAAGGGCCAAAAAUUUUCUGUGAAACUACCUCGGGUCAAAAGCCCUGUAAUGGUCUUAGCGUAUCCAUUGAGCUAUCAACUCAGGGUGAUGGUGAGUGCUCAGCAAAUUUAUAUCAUGGAAGGGGGGAUUCUGGGAAGCGGGAGACUCCUGAUGGUCAAGAUGGUUUGCAAGAAUCACCAGCAAGGUUGGAGGUGUUAGAGCUACCCAAUGAUUGUAGGGAAGGUCUUGGAUUGAUUGAGAAUGGGGAUAUUGACCUAGCCCAUUCAGACUCAACAGAAUCAGGUUUAAGCUCAGUUGCACUUUCAUCAUCUGAGGCUAAAGAUGAAAUUCCUUCCCAUGUUAGAAGACCAUCAGUGGUCACUUUCCGUGAUCCUGAGUUAACUGAAAUAGUUCAGGAAGAGUAUGAUUAUUCGGAGGACGAAAGAAGCCAUGAGCUACCAAGGAAUGAGAAGAAAUGGUCAUGCUAUAGGUGCUUGAAGGGAAAUCAGUUUACCAAGAAGGAGAUUUGCAUAGUUUGCAAUGCAAAGUAUUGUCGUUCUUGCUUGCUGAGAGCUAUGGGAUCCAUGCCAGAGGGAAGAAAAUGUGUUACUUGCAUUGGUAAAAGGAUAGAUGAGUCAAAUCGAAAGACUUUGGGGAAAUGUUCACGGAUGCUCAAGCAGCUGCUUACUGAGCCAGAAGUUCAACAUAUUAUGAGAUCUGAGUCAUCAUGUGAGGUGAAUCAGCUGCCACCAGAGCUAGUUAAUGUGAAUGGUGAACCUCUGAGUCAAGAGGAGUUGCUUCUGUUGCACACCUGCCCAAACCCACCAAAAAAGAUAAAACCAGGAAACUAUUGGUAUGAUAAAGUAUCUGGUUUGUGGGGAAAGGAAGGACAGGGGCCUUGCCAGGUUAUUAGCCACCAGCUAAAUGUUGGAGGUGACAUCAAGUCAAAUGCCAGCAAUGGAAAGACAAAUAUAUUUAUAAACAACAGGGAGAUUACUAAAAAAGAGCGUUGGAUGCUGCAGUUGGCAGGAGUUCAAUGUGAAGGAAGCCCUCACUUUUGGGUGAAUGCAGAUGGAUCCUACUCGGAAGAGGGUCAGAAGAACGUGGGGUGUAUAUGGAAGAAGACUGGAAUCAAACUCGCUUGUGCUCUCUUGUCUUUGCCAGUUCCUACUGAUUCUUUAAAUAAUUCUGGAGAAGAAGUCAGCCUAAGCAACCAAGAGUUGAAAGCGCCUCAUAAACUUCUUCUAGUAGGCUAUGAAAAAUCUGGCACUAGUACCAUAUAUAAGCAGGCCAAGAUUCUGUAUGAUGUUCCAUUUACAGAAAAUGAGUGUGAAAAUAUUAAGUUAACGAUCCAAAGCAAUUUGUAUAGUUAUCUUGGUAUACUGCUGGAGGGACGGGAACAGUUUGAAAAAAGAAGUUUGCUUGAAGGGAGGAAAAUAGAGAUGACUGAUCAAGCCGGUCCUUCAAGUUCAGGUAAUAAAAGCCCAAUCGAUGGUAAAACAAUAUAUUCCAUUGGCACAAGACUGAAAGCAUUCUCAGAUUGGCUUCUCGAAGAGAUGAUGUCUGGCAAUUUGGAGAUUAUUUUCCCUGCUGCAACUCGUGAAUAUGCACCACUUGUUGAAGAAUUGUGGAAAGAUGCAGCUUUUCAAGCCACAUACAGCAGGAGGAAUGAAUUGGAAAUGCUACCAAGAAAUGCAACUUAUUUCCUGGAAAGGGCUAUUGAGAUCACAAGAACAGACUAUGAGCCUUCUAAGAUGGAUAUCUUAUAUGCUGAAGGAAUUACAUCAUCCAAUGGGCUCUCAUUCAUGGAAUUCUCAUUUCCCCAGCUAGAUCGAGAGAACUCUCUUGACUUUGGUUAUCAGCAUGAUCCUUCAGAGAGGUACCAACUCAUUAGACUGCCUCCAAGCAGCCUUGGAGAAACUUGCAAAUUUAUGGAGAUGUUUGAAGAUGUGGACGUGGUCCUAUUUUGUGUCUCCUUGAUUGACUAUGAUGAGUUCUCUGAAGACAGCCACGGUGUUAGAACCAACAAAAUGCUUGCAAGCAAGCAGCUCUUUGAAAGCAUUGUCAUGCAUCCCACUUUUGAUUCCAAGGACUUCCUCCUAAUACUCAACAAAUUUGAUCUGCUUGAAGAAAAGAUUGCAAGGGUUUCUCUUACCAAAUGUGAAUGGUUCCAUGACUUCUAUCCACUGAGAGGCUUUGGUCACAGGGGAAGGUCUGCUCUGGCUCAGCAUGCCUUCCACUAUAUUGCACUGAAGUUCAAGAGACUAUUCAAAGCUCUUACUGAUCGAAAGCUGUAUGUUUCUCUAGUUACCGGGUUGAAACCUGAAAGUGUGGAUAAAGCCCUCCGUUACGGCAGGGAAAUUCUCAAGUGGGAUGAAGAUGAACAAAGCUUCAACAACAACGAGUUUUCUUCCACUGAUAUUGAGGCAAGCUCCUCAUCUUGACCAUUUUUUUUCUAUAAAUAUUUUUCAGAAUGCCAUGUACAGACCACACACAGCAUAUGCAUCAUGCAUAGGGGGAUGGAUAUUUGUAACAUUCAGGUGUAGAAGCUACAACCAUAAUCUUCUUGGUAUAGAUUCAUGGAAUGAAAAUAAGAGACUUGU